AUGGAGCUAGCUGAGCUGCGUUGGUUGCAAAAGAUUGUGCCCUUACUAUAUAGCGCACUGCAGAACUUGGAGCAAUUACCAUCAGAAACUAGAAGAAUCAAACGAUUGUGCAGACGUGUCUUAUCGCCCCCACCGCCGCCAGAAACUAGUCACAAACAACCACAAAGGUCCGCACGGAAAAGGAAAAUUGCCAACAGGCAACCCCAAAACAAUCGCAAAAUAUGGGUCAAGAAGGAGAACCAAAGUCGCGAUGCAGAUGGGCUCUUCGCCACCACCUUUGAGCGCAUUUAUCAGCACAAUCAUGACGAGUUCAAAAAUCGGACGCGCAUGACGCCCCAGGUUUUUGAUAUGCUGUUCUGCCUAGUGGGUGAGCAGCUGAAUAAAAAUUCCAUACGUACACCCAUAGCUCCCGAGUGUCGUCUGUUUUUGACGCUGAUUUAUUUGGCCAAUGCUGAGAGCGUCCUGGAGCUAUCCAAGGCUUUUAAAAUGGGUCCGUCGACAGUGCGCGCAAUUGUCCAAGAAACGUGCGAUCUGCUCUGGAACAUAUUGGCGCCAGCUUUCUUGCCCCAACCAAAUGAACAAGCUUAUACAAAUAUUGCCGAGAACUAUGAGCAGAUGUGGCACGUACCGCAUUGUCUAGGCGCCGUCGACUGUAAGCUAGUGGACCUGUCUUACAGAGGCCAAAAAGAAAUAGUGCUGCUCGCGAGUUGCGACACAAAUCUUGCCUUUACCAGCAUAGACAUAGCAACUGUUGAAGCUAAUAAACUGACGUGGCAACAAGAUUUUGCAACACAACUCUUUAAUCAUCAAUUGAGCGAUCUAAUGCCAGCGGAGCCAUUAGACGAAACAGACAUUGCAAACGCUGCCUAUACAUACAUAGCUGACGCUUCGUUUCCCAUGCGAGAGAAUCUAAUUACUUCCUACACAGGUGGGAAUUUGAACAGAGAUCAAGUACAAUUUAACAAGUUGCUAUCCCAAGCGCUGGAAGGCAGCAUCGGGAAAGCAUUCGAUGUCCUAUUUUCCCGCUGGUCUGUGCUCACCAAGCCGCUACCCAUGAGUCCAACGAAUGCAGUGAAAAUAGUAAAGGCCGUGGUGGUUCUGCAUAACUUUGUGCAACAACACGAUGAGGCCUACUGUCCGCCCGAUUUUGUGGAAAAAGUGCCAUCCUGUGACCUUAAAUCAAAAGUGCCUAGCAUUUUGCUGAGCCACGUGACUCCACUCUCUAGAAUGAAUACGAUAUGGCAGCUACGAGAUCGUCUGAAAGUGUGGAUGAACGCGAAGUCUGACACUUUACAAUCAUUAAUAAAUAGUGUGGUGUGGACUGAUUAAGAAGGUGUGCUUAUCAGUGCAAUCAACAUGAACAAAAAUAAACAAUUUACCUGCCAUUUUUUUAAAGAAUGGGUGAUAACAACGAUUAUCUAUUCUAUGCUGGAAAAAUAUGUAUAGGUUCAAAAGAUGCUGGAAAUUUAAAUAAAAAUAAUACAAAGUA